AUGAAGUUUUCAUAUUGUUGGAACAGCUUUUCUGUUCAUUUUGUAGGGUUUCACGCAAAAUAUGUUCGAAAUUUAAGAACUUCAUGUAUUCCUAGAAUGAGUAUGUCAGUGGCAUCAUCAGAAAUAUCAUCAAAAUCUGAUAAACCUAAUAUAAAAGUAUUUUCUAUCUAUAGAUGGAGUCCAGAAACGCCUUCUAUAAAGCCAACAAUGCAAAAAUACGAAAUUGAUUUAAAUACUACUGGUCCUAUGGUUUUAGAUGCUAUUAUUAAAAUAAAAAAUGAGCAAGAUGCAACACUUACUUUUAGAAGAUCUUGCCGUGAAGGAAUUUGCGGCUCAUGUGCUAUGAAUAUUAACGGUAUUAAUACACUUGCAUGUUUAUCUAGAAUUCCUAUCAAUUCUAAAGAAGUUAAAAUAUAUCCUCUACCACAUACAUAUGUAGUUAAGGAUCUUGUACCUGAUCUAACUCAUUUUUAUAAACAAUAUAAAUCAAUUCAACCUUAUCUUCAACAUAAAGAAUUUCCUGAGAAAGAGAUUCUUCAAUCCCAAAAAAACAGAAAAAAACUUGAUGGUUUAUAUGAAUGUAUUUUAUGUGCGUGUUGUUCAACAAGUUGCCCUAGUUAUUGGUGGAAUAGUGAAGAAUAUCUUGGGCCAGCUGUAUUAAUGCAGGCUUAUAGAUGGCUUAUUGAUUCCCGUGAUGAUGCAACCCAAGAACGCAAAGAGAAAUUACAGAAUUCAAUGUCGUUAUAUCGCUGUCAUACAAUUAUGAAUUGUGCUAGAACAUGUCCGAAAGGUCUCAAUCCCGGUAAAGCAAUUGCAGAAAUAAAAAAAUCAAUGGCUAUGGAUUGA